GGUCCAGGGAGCUACAGUGGCAUGCAAAAGUUUGGGCACCCCUGGUCAAAAUUUCUCUUAAUGUGAACAGUUAAGCAAGUGGAAGAUGAAAUGAUCUCCAAAAGACAUAAAGUUAAACAUGAAACACUCUUUUACAAUCUUUUAAACAAUAUCAGUGUAUUAUUUUUGUUUUCUACAAUUUUAGAGUGAAAAAGGGAAAGCAGCACCCUGCAAAAGAAUGGGAACCCCAGGAGACUUGAGCUCUCAGAUAACUUUGACCAAGACUGACUGAAGUCCAGAAGAUGAGUGUUUGUGUGGAGGAAGAAGAGGACAGAGCAGAGUGUCCAGGAUCCAGCUGUCUGUCUAUGAAGAGUGACAGGUCCAAAGAGUUUAAUCUUCCAUACUUCAGUAAUGAGCCUGGACCCUCAGACACAAAAUUUUCAGCAGAUAGUGGUCUGCAGGAGGUUUUAGAUGAACAUAAGAUCAGUCUGAGGAGGAGAUGUGAACGUGUGACUGAAGGAACGGAUGGAACAGGAAGUGAAACCCUCCUCAACAGGAUCUACACUGAGCUCUACAUCACAGAGGGACAGAGUGAAGAGGUUAAUACCCAACAUGAGGUGAGGCAGCUGGAGACAGCUUCCAAGAUGGAGGCCCUCCAUGACACUCCAAUCAAGUGCCACGACAUCUUUAAAGCCUUACCUGACCAACAGAGAUGCAUCAGAGUCGUUCUGACCAACGGCGUCGCUGGUGUUGGAAAAACCUUCUCAGUGCAGAAGUUCACUCUGGACUGGGCAGAGGGCUCUGAAAACCAAGACGUCAGUCUGCUGGUUCUGCUUUCGUUCAGGGAGCUGAACCUGAUCAAAGAUGAGCAGUACAGUCUUCUCAUGCUGCUCCACGUUUUCCAUCCAACAUUAAAGAAGGUCACAGCAGAGAAGCUCGCUGUCUGUAAAGUGUUGUUCAUCUUUGACGGCCUGGAUGAAAGCAGACUUUCACUGGAUUUCAGCAACAGGAAGGUCGUGUCUGAUGUCUCACAGAAGUCAUCAGUCAACGUGCUGCUGACAAACCUCAUCCAGGGGAAUCUGCUUCCCUCGGCUCUGGUCUGGAUAACUUCCCGACCUGCAGCAGCCAAUCAGAUCCCUCCUGCAUGUGUUGACAGGGUAACAGAAGUACGAGGUUUCACUGACGCCCAGAAGGAGGAGUACUUCAGGAGGAGAUCCAGUGAUGAAGAGCUGUCCAGAAGAAUCAUCUCACACAUCAAGACAUCCAGGAGCCUCCACAUCAUGUGUCAGAUCCCAGUCUUCUGCUGGAUCUCUGCUACGGUUCUGGAGCACAUGUUGACCACAGAGCAGAGAGGAGAGCUGCCCAAGACCCUGACUGACCUGUACUCACACUUCCUGCUGGUUCAGACAAAGAGGAAGAAGCACAAGUAUGAUGAGGGACAUGAGACGAGUCCACAGAAGCUGACGAAGGCAGACAGGAAAGUUCUUCUGAAGCUGGGGAGGCUGGCGUUUGAACAUCUGGAGAAAGGAAACAUCAUGUUCUACCAAGAAGACCUGGAGCAGUGUGGUCUUGAUGUCACAGAGGCCUUGGUUUACUCAGGAGUUUGUACAGAGAUCUUUAAAAGAGAGAGUGUGAUCUUCCAGAAAACAGUCUACUGCUUUGUUCAUCUGAGCAUUCAGGAGUUUCUGGCUGCAGUCUACAUGUUCCACUGUUACACAAAGAGGAAGACAACAGAGCUGAGGACUUUCCUGGGACAAGAUGACAAACACUGGGCCACAAAAUUUUUUAUCAGGAAAACUUUAAAGCAUUCUGGAAACAAUCAAAGCAGCUACCCAUCAUUCGAUGUCCUCCUGAGGGAUUCCAUGGAGAAAUCCCUCCAAAGUAAAAAUGGCCACCUGGACCUGUUUGUUCGCUUCCUUCAUGGCCUGUCCCUGGAGUCCAACCAGAGACUCUUAGGAGGCCUUCUGGGUCAGACAGAGAACAGACCAGAAAUCAUCCAGAGAGCCAUCAACAACCUGAAAGAGAUGAACACAGAUGAUAUCUCUCCUGACAGAAGCAUCAACAUCUUCCACUGUCUGAUGGAGAUGAACGACUGCUCAGUACAUCAGGAGAUCCAAGAGUUCCUGAAGUCAGAGAACAGAUCAGAGAAGAGACUCUCUGAGAUCCACUGUUCAGCUCUGGCCUACGUUCUGCAGAUGUCAGAGGAGGUUCUGGAUGAGUUGGACCUGAAGAAGUACAACACAUCAGAGGAGGGACGACAAAGACUGAUCCCAGCUGUGGGGAACUGCAGAGUGUUGAGUAUCACUGUACUGGAGGUGGAGCAGCUUGAAGUGUGGUGCAGAUCCCACAACCUCACCAUCAAUGUGGACAAAACAAAGGAAAUGGUGAUUGAUUUCAGGAAAUCUGGCAAAGAUCACCACACACAUCUCACCAUAAAUGGUGCUGCUGUGGAGAGGAUUGGCAGGGUUCAGUUCCUGGGCGUGCACCUAGCUGAUGACCUGUCCUUCUCCAUCAACAUCACAGCUGUCAUCAAAAAAGGGAGAUCUACCAGCAGCGCUGCAUUCACGGAGCAAUCUCCAUCAUCAGUGACUCUCAACCACCCCUCUCAUGGCCUGUUCUCCCCCCUUCUUGUCCAGCAAGAGGUCCAGGAGCAUCAGCAGGAUGCUGAACAGCUUCUUUGCACAAGUGCUGUGUUGGAGAAUUGGUCCUCCCAGGCUCUCAGCAAACUGUCUGUUGGGGUCACAAAGGCCACUUUGGAUCAUGUCUGUGUGGAACAGCAGGCCACCUUCUCCCGCUCCAUCAGGGAUGACAUGGUCCUGUCUGUCCUGACAGAGGUCAGACAGACCUACCCACACCAUAUCCUGGUGGACUGGAAGAACCCAAAGCCCACCAGAGAACCAGACUCUGCUAUGGUUCAAGCUUCAUCAGCUCCUGUGAGUCCUCCUCUUGAACCUGUGGUCACUGAUCACUCAGAAGUCAAAAUGACUGAGAGGGACAGAGGAAAACUGAAGACUGAGGCAGGACUGACUGAAGUCCAGAAGAUGAGUGUUUGUGUGGAGGAAGAAGAGGACAGAGCAGAGUGUCCAGGAUCCAGCUGUCUGUCUAUGAAGAGUGACAGGUCCAAAGAGUUUAAUCUUCCAUACUUCAGUAAUGAGCCUGGACCCUCAGACACAAAAUUUUCAGCAGAUAGUGGUCUGCAGGAGGUUUUAGAUGAACAUAAGAUCAGUCUGAGGAGGAGAUGUGAACGUGUGACUGAAGGAACGGAUGGAACAGGAAGUGAAACCCUCCUCAACAGGAUCUACACUGAGCUCUACAUCACAGAGGGACAGAGUGAAGAGGUUAAUACCCAACAUGAGGUGAGGCAGCUGGAGACAGCUUCCAAGAUGGAGGCCCUCCAUGACACUCCAAUCAAGUGCCACGACAUCUUUAAAGCCUUACCUGACCAACAGAGAUGCAUCAGAGUCGUUCUGACCAACGGCGUCGCUGGUGUUGGAAAAACCUUCUCAGUGCAGAAGUUCACUCUGGACUGGGCAGAGGGCUCUGAAAACCAAGACGUCAGUCUGCUGGUUCUGCUUUCGUUCAGGGAGCUGAACCUGAUCAAAGAUGAGCAGUACAGUCUUCUCAUGCUGCUCCACGUUUUCCAUCCAACAUUAAAGAAGGUCACAGCAGAGAAGCUCGCUGUCUGUAAAGUGUUGUUCAUCUUUGACGGCCUGGAUGAAAGCAGACUUUCACUGGAUUUCAGCAACAGGAAGGUCGUGUCUGAUGUCUCACAGAAGUCAUCAGUCAACGUGCUGCUGACAAACCUCAUCCAGGGGAAUCUGCUUCCCUCGGCUCUGGUCUGGAUAACUUCCCGACCUGCAGCAGCCAAUCAGAUCCCUCCUGCAUGUGUUGACAGGGUAACAGAAGUACGAGGUUUCACUGACGCCCAGAAGGAGGAGUACUUCAGGAGGAGAUCCAGUGAUGAAGAGCUGUCCAGAAGAAUCAUCUCACACAUCAAGACAUCCAGGAGCCUCCACAUCAUGUGUCAGAUCCCAGUCUUCUGCUGGAUCUCUGCUACGGUUCUGGAGCACAUGUUGACCACAGAGCAGAGAGGAGAGCUGCCCAAGACCCUGACUGACCUGUACUCACACUUCCUGCUGGUUCAGACAAAGAGGAAGAAGCACAAGUAUGAUGAGGGACAUGAGACGAGUCCACAGAAGCUGACGAAGGCAGACAGGAAAGUUCUUCUGAAGCUGGGGAGGCUGGCGUUUGAACAUCUGGAGAAAGGAAACAUCAUGUUCUACCAAGAAGACCUGGAGCAGUGUGGUCUUGAUGUCACAGAGGCCUUGGUUUACUCAGGAGUUUGUACAGAGAUCUUUAAAAGAGAGAGUGUGAUCUUCCAGAAAACAGUCUACUGCUUUGUUCAUCUGAGCAUUCAGGAGUUUCUGGCUGCAGUCUACAUGUUCCACUGUUACACAAAGAGGAAGACAACAGAGCUGAGGACUUUCCUGGGACAAGAUGACAAACACUGGGCCACAAAAUUUUUUAUCAGGAAAACUUUAAAGCAUUCUGGAAACAAUCAAAGCAGCUACCCAUCAUUCGAUGUCCUCCUGAGGGAUUCCAUGGAGAAAUCCCUCCAAAGUAAAAAUGGCCACCUGGACCUGUUUGUUCGCUUCCUUCAUGGCCUGUCCCUGGAGUCCAACCAGAGACUCUUAGGAGGCCUUCUGGGUCAGACAGAGAACAGACCAGAAAUCAUCCAGAGAGCCAUCAACAACCUGAAAGAGAUGAACACAGAUGAUAUCUCUCCUGACAGAAGCAUCAACAUCUUCCACUGUCUGAUGGAGAUGAACGACUGCUCAGUACAUCAGGAGAUCCAAGAGUUCCUGAAGUCAGAGAACAGAUCAGAGAAGAGACUCUCUGAGAUCCACUGUUCAGCUCUGGCCUACGUUCUGCAGAUGUCAGAGGAGGUUCUGGAUGAGUUGGACCUGAAGAAGUACAACACAUCAGAGGAGGGACGACAAAGACUGAUCCCAGCUGUGGGGAACUGCAGAAAGGCUGUACUGAGCAGCUGUAACCUCUCAGAGAGAAGCUGUGAAGCUCUGUCCUCAGUUCUCAGCUCCCAGUCCUCUAGUCUCAGAGACCUGGACCUGAGUAACAACAAGCUGCAGGAUGCAGGGGUGAAGCUGCUGUCUGCUGGACUGAAGAGUCCCCACUGUACCCUGGAGACUCUCAGGCUGUCAGGAUGUCUGAUCACAGAGGAAGGCUGUGCUUCUCUGGCCUCAGCUCUGAGCUCCAACCCCUCCCAUCUGAGAGAGCUGGACCUGAGCUACAAUCAUCCAGGAGACUCAGGAGUGAAGCUGCUGUCUGCUGGACUGAAGGAUCCACACUGGAGACUGGACACCCUCAGGGUGGAGCCUGGUGGAGUCCGAUGCUUGAGACCAGGUCUGAGGAAGUAUUUCUGUGAACUCACCAUCGACACAAACACAGUAAACAGAAAGAUCAAACUGUCUGACAACAACAGGAAGGUGACACAUGUGAAGGAGGAUCAGUCAUAUCCUGAUCAUCCAGACAGAUUUGACCAGUGGCCUCAGUUGCUGUGUAGUAAUGGUUUGACUGGUCGCUGUUACUGGGAGGUCGAGUGGAGAGGAUGGGUUCAUAUAUCAGUGAGUUACAGGGGAAUCAGAAGGAAAGGAAACAGAGAAAACUGUUUGUUUGGAGGGAACGAUCAGUCCUGGAGUCUGAGCUGCUCUGAUCGUCAUUACUCUGUUUGGCACAAUAACAGAAAGACACCUGUCUCCUCCUCCUCCUCCUCCUCUUCAUCAUCUUCCUCUGUCUCUCACAGAGUAGCAGUGUAUGUGGACUGUCCUGCUGGCUCUCUGUCCUUCUACAGAGUCUCCUCUGACUCACUGAUCCACCUCUACACCUUCAACACAUUUACUGAACCUCUGUAUCCUGGGUUUAGUCUCUGGUUGUCUGGUUCCUCAGUGUCUCUGUGUAGAGUGUAG